AUGAACCGGAAGUUAGUUGUGGUAGCUGCCGUUAGCUUGAUUGUGGACACAAAAAACUGCGAAAUCAAGGAGAGGGACAGCGCCCAGAAUAACUGUAAACCUCUGCAAACUGUGUGGAGCAUCGCGUUGGAAAUGAGACUCCGGUCCUGUUCUCCGUGGGGUCGGACAAUAAAACAGAGAGCACGACCGGGAUGCGGGAGCGCGUUGAUCCGACUCGGUGGCCUGCUGCCGCCGGGACAUGUCCAUCAGUUUGUUGAAGCCCCAGCGCUGCACUCGACUCUCCAGGCACGAUCUCUCGUUACUCAGCAGCGCGGUUUUAUCCAGGAGAAACGUGCCUUGUCAGGAAGCAGGAUGUUCACAGGCUCCACAAAACUGCCACCCACGAAAACCCCGCAGCCCGAGCGGCUGGAUGAAGUGUACGCCGCCUUGCGUCGAGGCUUACAGUCGUACUUGCAGGUCCACCAGCUGGAGCUGGAAAGUCUGGGCCAGCAGAGCAGAGAGAACAAGAGGAACGGUCGUCUGGGGUCUUUGUAUGAGUUGGAUAAGCAAGUGAAAGGUAUAGAGCGGUUUAUGCGUCACCUGGAGUUCCACCUCAGCAAGGUAGAGGAGCUUUACGAUGCUUAUUGUAUACAGCGGCGACUGCGUGACGGCGCAAGUAAGAUGGUGGCGGCCUUUAACUGCGCCACUGGCAGCAAGGAGGCCAGAGAGAGCCUGAGUGAAGCCAACAAAGGCUACAGGGAAUGUACAGAGCACAUGUGCUCACUUGAGAGUGAAUUAGAAAGCCAGAUGGGAGAAUUUCAUGUGAAGAUGAAGGGCCUCGCCGGCUUUGCACGCCUGUGUGCUGGUGACCAGUAUGAGGUCCUCAUGCGUUACGGGCGUCAGCGUUGGAGGCUACGGGGCCGCGUGGAAGUCAGCAACAAGCAGAUAUGGGACGGUGAGGAGUACGUGUUCCUGCCUCUCGUCACAGAACUGCUCUCAAUCAAGGUGACGGAGCUGAAGAGCCUGGCCAAUCACGUGGUGGUGGGCAGCGUGUCCUGCGAGAUGCUCGACCUGUUCUGCCCGCUUCCCCAGACGCUCGCCGUGGAUAUCAACGACCUCGGGACGGUGAAGCUGAACCUCGUGGUCACCUGGAGUCCGUUUGAAAAGGACGACCAGACAUCCUCCUCGAGUACAGUUUCCAAACGUCUGUUGUCCAAUCAGAGCCCUCCUGACACGCCCUCUAUGCGGGAGCAGGUGUUUUAUUCUCUGCUGAAACGACAGGGGGAGCCGGAGAACGGGACCGUCUGGUCCAACUCCUCCGAAUCCUCUGACGACUCGUCCAGCCCGGCGCUGGCUCACCACGGUCAGAGGCUGACGGCCUCCAACAUGCUGCACUCCACUCUCCCCACUCAGCCGUCCCUCACGCCGCACAAGCCCAGCGCGUCAACGCCGUCGCUCUCAUCUCACCGAGAGGAGCGCGAGAGCAAAGCCGGGGGGGUGUCCACUCAGGCGGACGCGGUGCCCAACGGCCAUCUGCAGACUCCCUGCGCUCACAGUCCAGACCGCACGGUGACUGACAGAGCGUCCGUCCAAUCGGCUAACCUCCCGGAGUCCUCGGCAGACCCGAGCUGCUCGUGCCCCGAUGUUUCCUCCGUUCCUCCCGUGUCGCUGAUGGAAGCAAAGGGUUUGUCCGACAGGGGCGUCCCGCGCGUUUGUAUUUCAGCGAAGGGGGGAAAAGACGACGCGCGUGAGGAUUCGUCGGUAAAGGCCGGACGGACUGAAGCCCAGACGAAAGACGGCACCACUGCAGCCGCAGAGGGACGCCAGGUAGAAGCAUCAGAGAAACACAGAGGGCCACAUCAGGCCGUCCAGGAGGCAAAGCCGCCAGCGGAGGCUCUGCCGGUUUCUUUUCCUACUUCUUCUAGUUUCACUCUGGAAGUCGAGACGGCCCUUGAAAGUUUUGACUUUCUCAACUGCUCUGAUCUUGAGGAGGAAGACGAGGAACAACAGGACGACAAAGGAGAAAAGAAGGAGGAAGACGGGCAACGUGAAGAGAACCAAAACAAAAUGGAGGAGGAGAAAGUGGAGGCUGAAGAACACUUUUACUCUGGAAGAAGCGAUGAGGAGGAGGAGGAGGAGGCAGACGCUCUCCAGAUCCUCAUGGAGGCGCCAGAAGGAUUCAGGAACUCUGAUGAAGAUCGUUUCUCUGAAUCACAGGAGUCAAGCGUCGGGGACGCGCAGGACUUGUGUCAGAUGGAGAUGCCCGAGGAGAGGGAGGAGCACGGCGAGGAAAAGGGAGACGGAAAACACGGAGAGGACCCGUCACAUGGUCAGGAGGAGCGCCCCACUACUCCCACCCAAUUGGCCACUACCGACUCCUAAUGGCACCGUGGAACCAUCGCCAAACCAUUUCAGCCACUCACGCCAUCUCCGUUACACUCCUCAUGUGUUCGAGGACGUUCCACUUCCCGCUCAGACAAACGAGCUCCUCCAUCACGAUCGAGUUUGUGCACAUAUUUGCCUCAAUAAAGCUCGAGGUGUCUGCACCCUAGUCAUGAAUGAAAGCCCCCCCCCCCCUCCAAAAGAAAAGUCCCUUCAAAGUCCUCAUUCCUUUCAAUCCAUCACGUUGCCGGUGGGAGAUCGCUGAGUUUACGCUUUCAUAAACUGUUUCUCUCAUGUGAAAAUUCAAUGUCCAAAAACAUUUCAUGAGCAGCUGAAAGCGGCCUUGUUUAUGGCUUUAUUACAGAGCAUUUAUUAGUUUAAGUUGAUGGAUUUCUAAAAUAUACAGAUAUGCCUACAGUCACUUACUGAGUUGUCCCUAGUUUGCAUUCAAAACCGUCGAUAUAUGCGGAUGAAGAAAACUAACGAAUCAAGUGUUAAGUCAGUUUACGGCCCCGAGCUCUUUCCCCCGUUAGUGACGGAUGGAAAGACUUCAUGAGCACGUGAUGUUUGUCUGGAGUCUUUCAUCGAUGUGCUCUGGACAUUAAGUCAAUUCUAAGCCUGGAAUGUAUCCUGACAAUAUCUUUUUAUUUCCAGCUAUUAGAGACCGUUAAUGAUCCAGAAACACACAGAGUGCAGAAGUUACAUUCAACCUUCAGAUCAACACGAGGAACAUUAGUGAUAUCAGGACUGAAUAGAAACACUCGGGGAGUCUUCAGUUUCCUCCUCAAACGUUGGUCCACCAUGAAAACAAUCUGCAGUGUCAAAGUAUAUUUAAACCCGCAUGUGUAGCUGCCUCACACUGCCAGCAUGUCUGAACAAAAAGCUCAACGGAUCAGUUUUAAGUGUGUAAGCUCGGCUUCAGUGCAAAGAAGUCAUCAGGUCUGUAGCCGUGUUCAAAAGCCGCCUGACGGGGGCGCUGCAGUCUGUCAGCAUCAUGCUUCACUUCCACUAAAGCCUCCUCAUUCAGAAAGUGCCUCAAGUGACAGAUGUAUGGGUUGAAAUGCCACGACAGAAGAGAUCAGGCAAAAGAUAAGUGUUUAUUUUCUGAAUUACUUUAAGAGUGUGCACAAUAAGAGAUAUUUACUGUUUCAUAUUAAAAAAAUUGUAUAUGUCUUGAAAUGUUCAUGUUCAGAAAUGUUUCAACUUUAUAAAGGUUUCUUUGAAAUAAACACGUCUGUUCUUGUGUUGAA